CCUCCACUGACAGACACGCGCCAGAGCUUGGACAUAACAGACGCUACGUUCUCUUCGUUCGUUCGGCUUUGCGCUCCAUUCAAACGCAGGCAUAAAAGAAAAAAGUCCUCAUCAAAGUCGGCCAUCUUGGUUGAAGUAAAUUUUGAGUGUGCCCCGUCAGUGCGCCCAAAGCGGAAAAAGACGAGAAAAGUGAAGCCGAUUUCGGUGCGGUGUGCGUGAUCAGAGUGAUUCAGUGAAAUUAUUAAAUUAAUUAACUGUUCUGUGCUGAAAUGGGUGAUUAUCAUCACGAUUCGCUCGGCACAACCCAAAUGGAGAUCGGAGGCAAUCCGGGUUUGGGACUGCGGCGUGCCUUCGACCCGACCGCCCAUGAUUUGGAAGCUUCGUUCCGAUUAACACGCUUCGCCGAUCUGAAAGGCCGCGGCUGUAAAGUACCGAAGGAUGUGCUUGAAAAGUUGGUGUCCUCGCUGCAGCAGGAUUACACACAGGAUCCGGAGGCGGCUUACCUGUCCAUGUCGUCGCCGCGAAUUGGAAUCGGACUGGACUGUUCGGUGAUUCCGCUGCGGCACGGUGGCCUUUGCAUGGUCCAAACGACGGACUUCUUUUACCCGAUUGUGGACGAUCCCUACAUGAUGGGUAAAAUCGCCUGUGCCAACGUUCUCAGCGAUCUGUACGCCAUGGGAGUGACCGAGUGCGACAACAUGCUGAUGCUGCUGGCCGUGAGCACCAAAAUGACCGAGAAGGAACGAGACGUGGUCAUUCCGCUCAUUAUGCGAGGAUUUAAGGAUUCCGCUCUAGAGGCCGGGACGUCUGUCACCGGAGGGCAGAGUGUGGUCAACCCCUGGAGUACAAUCGGUGGAGUGGCGACCACAAUCUGCCAGCAGAAUGAAUUCAUCGUUCCGGACAACGCCGUCGUGGGUGAUGUGUUGGUCCUGACGAAGGCCCUCGGAACUCAAGUUGCCGUCAACGCGCACCAAUGGUUGGAUCAAUCGGAACGUUGGAACCGCAUCAAGCUGGUCGUUUCCGAGGAGGACGUUCGCAAAGCUUAUCACCGGGCGAUGGAUUCCAUGUCGCGGUUGAACCGUAUCGCUGCCCGAUUGAUGCACAAGUACAACGCUCACGGUGCCACAGACAUCACUGGAUUCGGACUCCUAGGCCACGCACAAACAUUGGCAUCACAUCAAAAGAACGACGUUUCCUUCGUAAUUCACAACCUUCCCGUUAUCGCCAAGAUGGCCGCUGUUGCCAAGGCCUGCGGAAACAUGUUCCAGUUGUUGCAGGGCCACUCGGCAGAAACCUCCGGAGGUUUGUUGAUUUGUUUGCCACGUGAACAGGCCGCCGCUUACUGUAAGGACAUCGAAAAGCAGGAGGGUUGCCAAGCAUGGAUUAUUGGCAUUGUUGAGAAGGGCAACCGCACGGCUCGAAUCAUUGACAAACCACGAGUGAUUGAAGUUCCCGCUAAAGAGUAAGAUCUCAUCAUUUUGUGAAAAGCAUUCUUUCCUUUUUAUUGAGCAGUUUGACGAAUCCGACCGUAAUAGCCUAUUCAGACUAUUAGCUCAUUAUAAUUUGAUAAAGAGUAUCAUUAUAUCAAAGUACACAUCCAAUAUUCACUGAAUAAUAAUCUAGAUGACUUUUUAUAUCAAGAUACACUUUAUUAAGUGAUGAAGCUCAAAGUCUGAAUAGGUUGUAAUGGUUUAUCUGUUGAGAUGUUUGUAAUAUUUCAACAAUUCUGAAGUAAAGUUACUCUUCUUACAAUCCAAACAUUUUUUAUCCUUAUAAAAACAAGUCAGAACCUUCAAUAAUUUUAGUUUUUUAAGCUCAGACACUAUUUUAGCCGACAUGCAAUGAUAUUGAUAACGAUAACGUUUUAGCCGACUUGAAAUACAGCAACUAUGAGAGUAGAAAUCUAUACAAAAUGAUGUGAUGAUUGUGAUUCAAGUCAGCUUGUCGUUCUGCUAAAUUUGCGUUUUUUUCCCUUAGUGUUGUAUCAGAUUGAAGAGAAAAUUAAUCCAGUCUGACCAAAAAAAGGUCAGAAAUGUAACAAACAACAUAGGCAUAAGAUCAAAUAACAUUUUAUUUUCCGAAUCAAACUGUAACCGAUAUCUAAAGACCUUCAACUUUCUGUGGUGAAAAGUAAUAUAAAUUUUUCGUUUUAUGAAAAAGCUUUCGAAAAUAUUUUCCAACAAACUACGAUUACGAUGCGCACCACACAGCAGCAAAACAUUUUGUAGAUGAUAGAUUAUGAAGAUAAUAAAACUAAUUGAAAAUCA